UACUGGCGGCCGGGCUGCCACUGCUGGCGGUCAUCGCAAUCGGAAGCUACACCCGGACGCGGCCAUCGUCGGUUGCAAAUGAAGAUUCGUGUAUCGUGCCAAUGCCCGCCCAGCUCCAGAAGGCCUUCCGUCCACCGGAGAGCUGCAACUUUUGCCACUCGGUUCACUCGGUCCCACGGCUGGCCAACGUGAGCCCCGACGAGUUUGCCGCGCGGUACGCGUACCGCGGCGGUCCCAUUAUCGUGACGGACGCAACCACCAACUGGACCGCUACGGAGCGCUUCGACUACGCGUUCUUCCGGCAGCUGUACGCAACAUAUGGUGCCGGACCGCGAGCCGAAAGGUGUCAGUUUUUCCCCUACCAGACCGGAUUCCGCGAUAUCCACGAGGCACUGGGGUUGCCAGAGGCCCGCGUGCGCUACGAACCGGGCACCGAGCCGUGGUACUUCGGCUGGAGCAACUGCGAUCCGGCCAUCGUGCGGGUGCUGCGGGAACACUACGGUCGGCCGUACUUUUUGCCGCCGGACUCGGAGAACAACGCCAUCGAUUGGGUGUUUAUGGGCGGCCCGGGACUUGGGGCACACAUGCACGUAGACAACGUUCGGCUUCCUUCCUGGCAAUCGCAACUAAAAGGCGCCAAGGAGUGGAGCUUGGCCCCUCCACCGGAGUGUCUGUAUCAGUGCAACUUUCUGAGUGUCGUCGUUCAAACGGGCGAAACAAUCGUUUUGGACACGAACAAAUGGUACCACAAAACCAACGUACUUCCGGGCCCGAUCAGCAUCACCGUCGGAGCGGAGUACGACUAA